AUGAAUGUAAUUGAACCUCUUGGGUCCACACCAAUGAGACCUUUCAGGUGGAAAGAUUUAGAACUUUCAGUUGCCGAGUCCCAUAAUUUAGAAAAAAAUACAAGAUCUCAAAGCAAGUCUGAUUUGUGGUACAAAGCAAGGAAGGGCAAAAAACAAAUCAAUGACACAUUUAUCAGAAACACCUUUGACAAAGAGAAAUUUUCCUCCAAUCCAACAACUUAUGGGAAUUCUAAUGAGAAAAUAGCUAAACAAAUGUACAUGAAAAAAACUCAAAAUCAUCUUCAUGACAUUGGCUUUGUUGUAAACCCAUCUAUUCCAUUUAUAGGAGCCACCCCUGAUGCUAUAGUGUGUGCUGACACUUCUGUUUCUGGUAUUGUGGAAAUUAAAGUGUCCUUGUAUGCUGUAAGGGACUUGACCAUUAAUGAAGCCUCCUGUAUGACUGGUUUCUUUUUUGAAAAAGAAGGAAAAUAUUACAACUUGAAGAGUGAUAGGCAUUGGUAUCGGGUACAGGGCCAACUACUUGUAACUGGGGCACCAUUUUGUGACUUUGUAACCUACACCAGACAAGACUUUAACAUUGAGCGGAUAUCAGACAGGAAUACCUUCAGGACUCUGCUUGAAACUCUGUCACAAACACAUGUCAAUCACUUCAAACCAUACUUUGCAAGGGAAACAAACUUCAUAAAAAAUACCCAUGGUGUCACUUUGUUGGACAAGAAUAUCAGAUUCCUGCUGCAUGGUUUUUUAUUCGUCUCCCAGCUGAUGAAGGAUAAAGAAUAUAUUCUGAAACACUGUGCCCGUCAGAGAAAUGACAACCUGGAUGUCCGACAACAAUGGCACCGCUUGUACCUUGUGACCCAAGUUCAGUUCCUGCUACCACAGCGGAAUCAAGCAAACACGAUUUGCUGCCUGUACUGGAUCAGAUGCACCAACUGGAAUAAUUCCUCCAAGCUCCCAGAUGAGGUGAUUGCAACACUGAAGGCGGAAGAAGAUCUCAUCAAUGCCAUAAUCGCCAUGACACCUACUUGA